UAAACAUAUAUUACGUCACACCCGCUCCAGCCCUGCAUCCGGAAAAAGGAAAAGAAAUUGGAAAGCGAUAGAAAUACAAAAAAAAUAAAAAUAAAUCACCGCAUACUGCACCAUGAUUGACCUGCGAGCAUGGGCCCAGUACGUAGUGGAGUGGGCCGCCAAGGACCCCAAAGACUUCCUGAUCACCGUGCUGAUGGCGCUCACGCCUCUCUUCAUCGCCUGUGCGCUGUUGUCGUGGAAACUGGCCAAGAUGAUCGAGGCGCGUGAGAAGGAGCAGAAGAAGAAGCAGCGGCGUCAGGAGAACCUGGCCAAGGUGAAGAGGAGCUAGAAAGAUUGCUGUGUGGAGAUUAAAGGUUUGGGGGGGGAAAAAAAAAAAAAAAAAAAAAAGGACAGGGACACACGUAGUGCCACCACCCCUUUCCUUGACCACCAGCACAGACCCUCUAGGGUCGGAGCAGGGGACACUUGCCCCCACCGGUCAAACAGUACCGAGACGGACAUUCCAGUCGGACUUCCCUCAGCAAGAGUCUGUUUGAGAUUUUUAACAAGCUUCUAAUUAUGUGUAGCUUUUGCCACACAUUGCAUUCCAUCGUUAACAUCACUGUUCUAUUCAGUUAUGAAAUGAAGCCCUUCUGUACCUAACAGAUUUCUUUGUAAUCAAUAAAGUUUUCAUGGUUGCUUUCAAGAAA